AUGUCUAUCGAAGAACUUCAUGCUUCUGCAAUCGAAUUUAUAAUCUCUCAUGUCCCUGAAUGAGCCUCAGCAACUCUUGAAAAUACCACAUUAAUCCGUUUAACAGGCAAUUCAAACAAGGUCUAUUUAGUCCAGACUACUUUAAAUGUAACACCAUCUAAGCUUAUUUAUCGUGUUUUUGGCCCUGACCAUACCACAAUAAAGUCUCGAGAACGCAAAAUUUUUAAUGCACUUUCCGUAUUGGGACAUGCCCCAAAGACGUAUGGGGAUUCUGAGAUAGAAAGAUUGGAAGAUUUUUUGGAAGGGUUUGAGCAUGUCCCAAGGACAAUGUUCUAUGACCCGCUGAUACUAGAACUUGUAGCGAAAAAGCUGCGAGAGUUGCAUUCUAUUGAUAUAACUCACGCUUUGGAAGGAGAGCCUGUGAUGGUUGAAGAAAAUCCAAGAAGAUGGAGAGAAUAUAUAAGCCUGAUUAUAAUAAAUAGACUAUGGUAGAUUGAAGGAAAAAUUUUACGUUUAAUAAAAACUUACAUUAAUGGCUUGCGAAUUUAACUAUAUAUAGUAUACUAUUUUAGAAUAUUUAAAUAAAUAAAAAUUAUUGAAAAUAUAAUAUUGCAAAAUAGCAAAAUAGGUAUAAUUUAAGCAGGUUAGCUGAAAAUCCGAACUUUAUUCAUGUAGAAGAAGCAAGAAGAGAAAUCGAGGAAUUAUUAAGUCCUCCUCUAUGAGAUAUGUAUCUGGAUAUACUUCCAAGGAACUCCCCUGUAGUAUUUUCUCAUCUUGAUCCAAAUCCUCUUAAUUUCUUAUGCAUUAUUUCCAAAAUUUUCUUAUAUUAAUAAUAGUAAUAUCCUAAAUUAAAUAAAAAAAUAAUUUAAUUUUUUUUUCAAAAAUAAUCGCAUUUUUACACAUAAAGUAUAUACAACCCAGACCUCCAGGAAGUCUAUUUUAUUGAUUUUGAGUUCUCUGGAUACGGGUAUCGAGGAAUUGACAUUGCCCAAGUUCUUGACGGAGUCCCUUAUGAUUUUUUGCAUAAAGAAUAUCCUUUUUGGAAAUAUUAUGAAGAAUUGACGGUAAGUGACGAUAUUAUUGAAAAAUAUGUGAGGGCUUAUGGAGAAGGAGCUGAAAUGUGGGUAGAAGUCAAAAGAUGCUUGAUAGCUUCACAAUAUAUUUGGGCAACGUGGGGAUUAGCUUCUUAUAAAGGGCCUUCAAGUGGAUAUGAUUAUUUAGAAUAUUCGUUACAAAGGUUUAGAAGGUUUAAAGCAGAAUAUACAGCUUUUAAAGAAGUGGGUGCUGAGGAGUGGCUGGAGAGAGGAAGAAAGCGGUUUUCAGAAUAA